AUGUCAACAAUGGACUUGAGGCAAGCGUUCGCUGGACUUCUUACUCUCUCAAUGUUCAUAAUGCUGGGUAACAUGAUCAAGAAGGACCAUAUUGAUUCCAUCAUUGAUGAUAUGAAGGUUGAUAUUCAAGCUGCACCAGUUUCCAUGCAUGCCUCUGCAGCAGUUACUGAACAAAGCUUAAACACGGUUUCGCAUCUCAGCAAAGGGCCUCAGAAGGUAAAUGGUGAAGGACUAAAACCAUGUUGGAAUGCCCCUCCACUGAAAGAAGCAGAACAAUCUAAAGGUUUCAUCACAUUCCCCUUAACAAAUGGCCCUGAGUAUCAUAUCUCACAGAUUGCUGAUGCAGUGGUGGUAGCCAGAUAUCUGGGAGCCACUCUGGUGCUUCCUGACAUCAGGAGUAUCAAAUCGGGAUAUAGCAUGGGCCUUGGAGAAAUUUAUGAUGUUCAGAAUGUUUUGAAUAGGCUACAUGGGUUGGUGAGAGUGACAAGGACACUCCCUGCCCAAGUAUCCAAUAGAAACCCACCAAUAGUCAGGGUUCCUAACAGGGUCUCUGAAGACUAUAUUGUGAAGAAAGUUCAGCCAAUAUACAAAGCAAAAGGGAUUGUAAAGAUAGAAACAUACUUUCCCUCGGUCAAUACAACAAUGGCAGGAAAUAAGAAGAACCUUGACUCGUUUGCAUGCCAAGCAAUGUUUGGAACUCUUCAGUUCCAACCAGAGAUACAAGAAGUAGUUGAGUCUAUGGUCCAAAAGCUACAAACAUGGAGUCAGAACUUAAAUGGCCAGUUCAUUGCAGUGGACUUGAGAACUGAGGAGUUGGGAAAGGAAUGUCAAAGAAAAGAUGGCACAGGAAGAAAACUUUGUUACCAGCCACUGGAGAUAGGCCAAUUUCUCAAGAAGAUUGGAUAUAAUCAAGAGACUGUUAUUUAUGUGACUCAGACCAAAUGGAAUCAUGAUCUUGAAGCACUCAGAAAUAUCUUCCCAAAAACCUAUACUAAAGAAAGUGUAAUGCCAGCAGCUAAGAAUGGAAAGCAUCUAAGCCCAGAAAGCACUGAAUUUGAGAAGAUCAUUGAUUUCUACAUAUGUUCUAAGAGUGAUGUCUUUGUGGCUCCAAAUCCUGGCCUCUUCUAUGCCAAUGUUGCUGGGAUGAGGAUUGCUUCAGGGAAAAACAAGAUACUUGUUCCAGGUGAAAUAACAAGUCCAUCAGCUUCAGCUUCUGACUACAUGUCUCCCUAUGUGUACCAGAAGAGCCAUUUUGCUUAUGCAUGCUUUUGCUAA